CUCUCCUCAGCUGUGCACCUCGGUGAGGAGAAUCUCACAAUCAGAUCACAUUUCAGUGUAGGUCCAGCAUCCAUCUCUCACCGCGAGGAACAGAAAUCAGUGUGGAAGAAACAGCGCAUCCUCAAGCAACAGAACAGAAUGGUGGUCAGGAUGAGAGAUCUGUGGUGCGUCCUGGUACCACUGCUAGUGCUAGCUGGGUCCUCGCUGCAAGUGGACGUGAAAAGUGGGAAAGAAACAGAAAAUGCAGGGAAUGUCAUGGAGGAUGAGCAAUGGCUGUCCACCAUUUCCCAGUACAGCCGCAAGAUCAAUCACUGGAACCGCUUCAGAGACGAUGAUUAUAUUCGUACCUGGGAUGACAGACAGGGCUCAGAUGAAACUGUGGACACCACCAAGGAUCCGUGCCAGAAAGUGAAAUGCAGUAGACACAAGAUCUGCAUCGCCCAGGGCUAUCAGAAAGCCAUGUGCGUCAACCGCAAGAAGCUGGAGCACAGAAUCAAAGAGCAUGCCGUGAAGCUCAAUGAAAACAGCUGCAAGCUGUGUCCAGUGUCUGUUUCUGCCCCAGUGUGUGGGUCUGACGGGCACAACUAUGCCUCUCAGUGUAAACUGGAACAACAGGCCUGUUUGAGUGGAAAGCAGCUGAAUGUGAAAUGCACAGGCCAGUGCCCCUGUACCACAGAGCCCACCACAACGCCAGACACUGAUGCCAAACAUGAGAGCUGCACAGGACAGGACUUGGCUGACCUGGGUGAUCGUCUCCGAGACUGGUUCCAGCUUCUGCAUGAGAACGCCAAGCAGAACAGCUCAGAAAAGCCAGGAGCGAGCACAGUGUCUGUGUUAGAUAAGAGUCUUGUGGCCAGCUGCAAGGAUUCCAUUGGCUGGAUGUUUUCCAAACUAGACACCAACAACGACUUAUUCCUAGACCAGUCUGAACUGGCAGCCAUUAACCUUGACAAGUACGAGAUCUGCAUACGGUCUUUCUUCAAUUCGUGUGACACAUACAAAGAUGGACAAGUCUCUACUGCAGAGUGGUGCUUCUGCUUCUGGAGAGAAAAACCACCUUGUCUAGCUGAGCUGGAGAGAAUACAGGUACAAGAGGUGGCCAAAAAGAAACCAGGGAUGUACAUUCCAAAUUGCGAUGAGGAUGGCUAUUACAGGAAGCUGCAGUGCGAUCAGAGCAAGGAGGAGUGCUGGUGUGUGGACCAACAUGGCGGCGAGCUGGCAGGGUCCCGUAUCCACGGCAACCCAGACUGUGAUGAGCUAGUUGGAUAUUCAGGAGAUUUCGGAAGCGGGGUUGGAUGGGAAGAUGAGGAGGAGAAGGAGGCAGAAGAAAAUGCCGAAGAGGCAGAGGAGGAAGGCGAGGCUGGAGAAGCCGAUGAUGGGGGCUACAUCUGGUAGAAAACAGAAAACUUGAGUUAGCAAUAGAGUUUUGGUGGCCAUGUUGGGAGGGCAGUUGGUGCUCUUACAGAAAUAAUGACUGGAACAAAAGUACAGAUAGUUAACCACAUACAAUACAGCAUUGACUCUGACCAAGACCAGGCUUCGUCUUAAAUAUAUUAAAAACUUCUUUUUUUGCAGCGUAAAAGGUUUUUCCAUUAAGUAGACCUUAACUUGCAUUUUAAAACUCAGACAUUUUCACCUGAAAGCUGUCACAAAAACAAUCAUAAACUAACCAGAACAUCCCCUCUCCAUUCCACAGAAAUAUAUACUGCAUAUUACAAUAUUCCUACAAGCUUAACAACAGCCGGAGAUGUGAGAAUGAUCAUACGUCACUUGGCUAGGUCUGCUGAGUACUCUGAGGAUGCUGUUGCUGAAAAUGUGGAGUUUUAUUUUCUUGUUUGCCUGUCACAGAUUGGUGUCUCAUAGGGAUUCAGUGCUGUCUCUGCUGAAACAGCAGCAUGUUAUUUACAAGGCUCAAACUGCCUGCCAGGAGAGAAGCAAGCCAACUAUAUACUGUGGAAGCUAAAACUGUUUGGCACUUGAUCUUUGAGUGAAUUAGGCUGGUUAACAGAUGGUGUAUUACAGAGUUGUCAACGCAGCAACUAAUGCAUCAUCACAUCAUUCCCAUUGCUGCUGUAUUCAUCUGGUUCACCUGAAUGUCACACAGUGGCUAGUCCAGGUGUCCCAGAGACCUGGCAUUUGUUUGUAAAGAUGCGGAAAUGAUGGAAAAUUGGUCUUGACUGUUCAAAUAGAACUUCACAAGUCAAUGAUUGACGCUGCCACAAAAUAGUUGAAUCUGCAAUUACAUUCAAAAACAGCUCAAUCAGCAUUAAAUACUUCAAUACAGUACCAGAGACAAACAUUAGUUCUUCACAGCAAGCUGUUGUUGUUUGCCUGCCUAUAGGAUUAGCUGACUUCUGUUCAUUGCUAAUUACUGGGAGUUUAAAGUCAGGAAUGCUGUGGGAUUCAUCCACUUUGACAGGUUAAGAAUAUAAUAAUUCGUCCUGCGUCACACCUAAACCCCCUCAGAAAAGACUUCUUAACCCUUUAGAUUUUGAAAGGACUUUCAGUGCUCACAUUAAAAUUCCAUCCCACAUUUCCAGUUUCUGGAUAUAUAGCUAGGAUUUCUGUAGAAAAACUCACCAACAGGCUGCAUAUUUUGACAUUUUAUACAUGAUAAUUAGACCAAGGAUUUACACCUUUAUUAUUAAAUCUGAUGUAGAAAAUAUAACGCUGACAUUCUGUGAAGCUCAGGAAGUGAGCAGAUAAAAAUAAUAUGAAACUGUUAACACCUCUAGCGAUGUCCACAUAUCAUUUAGAAAAGCCAGUGAUUAUUAACAUAUACCAAAUACCAAACCAUAGUGCCUAUCCUUAAAAACAACUGUAAUAAAGCAGUCAUUCUAAGUCAAUAAAAAAGGCUUUAGUUUGAAUGAACACUGAUACCCUCAUACAGAAAGCUGCAUGCCCAAUAUUGAUAUCACUAGUUACAUGGAAUGACAGAUUUUGUCAGUGUGAUUUUUAUUCUAUAUGCUUUUGGGUGGGAUCUUAGCCAUGAACUUCAGACAUAUGUUAACUUAAGAACAGUUUAGAGCAGGGGUCUCCAACCCAGGUCCUGGAGAGCCCCAAUCCUGCAGGUGUUAUAGGUGUCUUUACGUCAUCAAUGGCUAAAGAUCUGGAACACAUGUUAAUCUUGACUAAUUAAGCCAAUAACUGGUUCAAUUAAGCAACUGAGAGCUUGGUUGAAACGAAAACCAGAAGACCCUGUAGCUCUCCAGGACCAGGGUUGAAGACCCCUGCCUAGGGUAUUUACCAUGGUCUAGCUGGUGUAAUGUAAUGUAAAAUACCAUGCAGUAGAAAAUCUGUGUUACUUUCUCUAACACCUUCUUGAAAGAUGCAUUAUCACAUUCCCUUGGGUUAGGAAACAGCAUCCACCAAAAAAUAGCAAGAGCAGCAUGUUUAACUUGCUGUUUUAUUGGGCUGAUUGAAUUCAUGUGUAGAUUUUCAGAAAUUCUCAUUACAGUCUGUUAUGUCUAAAGACAUCUAAAAUCUAAAGGGCUAAAAAGAGGCGUGUAAUUGGAAGAUUGCUGAGAUAUCUGUAUUUGGUGACAUUCUCCCAUUAUUGAUUGUCCUGUAAAUUGACCUUUGGCACAUUUCCUUACAUAAUCACCUAAUAACGUAGCUGCUGGAGUUAUUCUGUCAACAGGAAAAAAAAACUAUUCUGCUGUCUUUGGUUUUAAUAAGAGAUCAAAUUCAAUUCAGCAAAUCAUUUUGUGUGAGCAAGUCACAAGACCACAAAAAUACUACACAUAUUUACAGCUAUUUUCUGAUUUUGUUAUAGAAAAGUACUGUGGAUUGUGAAAGCAUGUUUUUCUGAAUUGGCAUAGUACAGAAACAGAAAAAAGAACCUGACUCCCAACAUGGCACCUUUUUAUAUUGAAAUAAACAUCUUUAUAUUAACCCUAAGACACACUAAGAUGCUAACAUUUCAGCUGAACAGUAUAGUUCUCAUCUAUGUACAAACAAUGCAGCCCCAUCAGCCUACCACAUUUAUAUUGUUCAGUUGUUUUCUGAAGGUUUGCACUCUUGAUGUCUGGAAACUCUAUAAGCAUAUUCCUUUUGGUAUCUUCUGCAAUGCCACCCAGAAAAGAUCUACGAGUUUCUAAAAACAAACACUCUGAAAUGGUAUGCUAAAAAGUUAGACCCCUUUAAAGCAUUCUCCUGUACAAUUUGUUUUUUAAACACACAAAACUAUGAACUAAUUACCCUGUUAGUAACUUGGGUGAAAAACUGUAGAGCUAACUGGCAUUCCAUUGGCUCUAAUUGUAAUGCUUCAUUCAGGCACUGGAUAUUUGAAAAAUAAAAAAUAAAACAAAUAAAAAAUACUACGUUCCCAAAGCUCGAAUAAUUUGUCUCCAACGUUUAACAAAACAGAUUCAUGAAUAUUGAACUAAUACAUUAUUACAGUGUAGCCUAAAAAUAUAUAAACUCUUAAAUAGUUUAACUUUAAUCUGACAUUUAAUACAUUUGCAAAAUAAUAAUAAAAAAUAAAAUAAAGCAAUUCAUAUUUGAGGCUUGCGAAUUUGAGCACCAUGGUGCUUUUUGAUUCUCAGUUGAUUGGUAUAAUAUUGAUAUAAGCAGCUUGUAUCUUUUAUCUGAAGCACUUAAUUGGGUUAAAAAUGGUUGCCAGAAACCAAUAAAUAUCCUUCAUUAUAAAAAGAGGAACUCAAGCUGUGUAAUGUAAUAUUUGAGUGCUUUAAAUGAAUAAUAGAUGUAGUCAAGUUGCCUGCAUGACUGCAAAAGGAACAUUGGAGAGACAUUAGUUUCAGACAUUAGUAAACAGUAUAUCUGGAUUUCCUUAGAAACAGAGUUAUUUAGUAUGGUUUGCUACAGUUCCAAACCUAAAAUGUACACUUACACAUUUCUGUACAUAAAGUAUAUGAUAUAUAUAUAUAUAUAUAUAUAUAUAUAUAUAUAUAUAUAUAUAUAUAUAUAUAUAUCCAUGAAAGUAACAUUAUUAUGAAUUGCUAAUGUUCAUUUAGCUUUCUAUUAAUUUGCUUGAAUGGUAAGAACAAAUAAUUGUAUUCAAUGCUAAAGACACAGUGUUGUUGUGAUGAAGCAUUUUUUGGCAAGGUGGUGCUUUUGCGAUGGUUUGGUUCAAGGUAAAAGGCACCACCUGUUGGAAAAACACUAGAGCUGCUGUGUGUUUUUGUUUUUUUGCAUUGUAACAAAUUAAAUCACCCUGGUCAGAAAUUUAAGUUUGCAAUUCCCAAUCUUGAAAUCUUACACUUCAAGAAUGUGCCACUUAAAACAAUAUUCCUAUUAUGCUACUUGAAUUACUUUUUAUUAACUGUGUAUGUUACUUGUUUUGUGUAUACUUGAAUUUCCACAAUAGACACAUUUUCAGAUUCAGUUUUCCAUUGGUUAAUUGUAACUGUUGUAUGUUAAAAAUAAGGUAUAUCUGUUAGUUUUUAGUAGUGCAUGUUAGUGAACUGUAUGUAAUUUUUCAUGUUUGAGCACUUUAACAUUAAAAGGCAGUGGGACUGAGA